AUGGCCUCUGUUAUUGUCGUUGAAAACAGCUUGAAAGACUCCGUCACCGAGUACAGCCUGAUUAUUGACUCCGUGCGUCAAAAUACCGAGUUCUCCACAUCCUUGAACGAGUAUUUGGGUGAUGAAUUAACCAACAAGAAGGAGUUGGCUACCAAAAUCUUGAAUGCAUCAACCAAGGAAACAUUGACCUCCUUGAGCAAUAAAGAAUUUGAGCCCGCUUUUUACUUGCUUGCGUACCUCAUAAAAGAGCUUGAGGGACUUACGGUCGACCAAGCGUUUCUGAAGGACUCCAAGAUAGUCUCUCUCUUAAAAGAAUGUACCCCAACACAACAACUUUCUUUGAGAGACAGAAAAUCUCUUAGACCAACCACUGUUUUGUCAGCAUUCAACACAAUUUUCAAUUUGUUACCUUCCACUUCUGCCAGUAGAAUCGACACCAUUCAAUCCAUCUUAUCUAUUGUGUCUGAGACCGAAACCAGCUUCGAAUUGAUUCAAUCAUCUAUCGGUGACAACUUGCUUGACUGGUUGGAAGCCGCCAAUGCUUCUGAAGACCAAGUAAGACAAUUAUUCUGGUCCUUUAUUAGCUUGGAUAAGGAAUUUACACAUAAGUCUUUGGAGUUAAUCAAGGCAUUCACAUCCAGAUAUGAGUUAUCUUUGAAUGAGUUGCAUUCUUUAAUCAGAUUUGCUUUAUCUUCUUCAGUGGUGGAUGUUUCUUUUAUGGUCAAUAACAAUGUGGCAUCUGCCUUGAAACAAAACUCUUCCGAUGAGCUCGUCAAGGUCUUUGUUCAAUAUACUCACGGUGAGUUUAUUGCAUCUGUACCUGCAUCUUUGACAGAGGAGGUCGUAUACAAAUCUAAGAUUUUAGCUUUGGCUAGAUUCUUCGUUGAAAACAAAGAAUCACAUCAAAGUUCUUUCAAAUACAACGACAUUCCAAACGAGUUGGUCUCUUCUCCCGCUGCUUUUGAAAAAUUAUUAAUCGAUUCGAUCAAGGCUGGCGUUAUUGAAGGUAAGUUGAAUCAAGUCGAAGAAACUUUCUGUUUGAUUCGAGUCAACAGACUUAUUUUGGCUGGAGACGAUCAAAAGCUUGCGCAAGACUGGGAGGUUGUUAGAAACACUCUUUUGGAGUGGAAGCAUUCUUUGGAGAACAUCAACGAGAUUGUGGCGAACGCAAAGGACCAAAUCGUGAACAACAACAAUGCUAACUAA